AUGGGCGACGCUGAUGAUGUGGAAGCACAUGAAGGGCAUGCAUGCAUGCAUGGCGGCUUCCCUUCCGACUCCCCCGACGCCUCCGUCGCCAGCUCCUUCGAGUUUGAAUUCUCCGCCCGAUUCCCCUCCGCCGCCGCCUUUGCCACCGGAUCCAUGACCUCCGCCGACGAGCUCUUCCUUAACGGCCAGAUCCGCCCCAUGAAGCUCUGCUCCCACCUCCAGCGGCCCCAGGUCCUCGCCCCCCUCCUCGAUCUCAACGAAGAAGAAGACGACGACGACGAAUCCGAGCGUCACCCGGCGGAAAUGGCCGCGAGGGGGCGGGAUCUGAAGCUCCGGAGCCGAUCGAUUCGCCGGAGGGCCAGAUCUCAUUCCCCGCUUCGGAACGCGCCACUCCAUUGGCAAAUGGAGGUCGAAGAACGAGAGGAUAGAGCGAAAGAUGUAGAGCCGGUUCCAGAUCCGAAGCAGAUCGAGGCGGAGGCGGCCACUCUAUCCGUCUCAGCUUCGUCCUCCCGGUCCUCCUCCACGUCCUCCUCCUCCUCCUCCUCCUCCUCCUCUGGAAGAACCUCCAAGAAGUGGAUCUUCCUCAAAGAUCUCCUCUAUAGAAGCAAGAGCGAGGGAAGAGAGAGAGGAAACACCAAAGAGAAGUUCUGGCACUCGAUCUCUUUCUCCCAAUCCAAAUCCAAGUCCAAACCUCCGCCGCCGAUUCCUCCUCCCUCCGCCUCGGCCGCCGUUGCUGCCGACUCCUCUUCUUCCGCCAAUCCUCCGCCUGCCGCCGCGAUCUCGGGGGCGGAGAAGGCGAAAUCGAAGGAUCCAUCGCCACCGGUCGGCUGGUCUUCAAAGAGAACGGCGGCGAAGCCGGUGAACUGGGUGGGGUGGCGGAGGGCGCCGGCGCCGUCUCCGCACGAGCGGCACUACACGGCGAACCGGGCGUAGGCGGAGGAGAUGUGGCGGAAGACGUUCUUGCCUUACCGCUAGGGCCUGCUCGGCUGCCUGGGCUUCACUUCCCGUAGCUAUGGCGCCAU